GAUAAUCAAAUCUACUUGGAAUUUUUUCUUCCACUGCCUAAAUAGUAUAGUUACUGAGGUACUAAAAGGACUACAUUCCAAGGACUACAUUCCAAGUUUGAAACCAAAGGGAUGUGAAGACUGAGUAAAGACUGAGAAUAAUGGUGUUAGGGAAACCAAAGAAGAUGAUCAAACUGAAGGUCAAAGAGAUUAACCAAAAGUCACAUGCUUCUAAGUGGGGAAGUUUUCAAAGAUAGUUCCCAGAAAGACUUGCUGAAUUUCACCGGUACUCUUCCUGUGAUGUAUCAGGGUAAUACAUAUAACAUACCAAUUCGUUUGUGGAUUUUGGAUUCUCACCCUUUUGCUCCCCCCAUUUGCUUCUUAAAGCCAACUGCAAAUAUGGGAAUCUCAGUUGGAAAACACGUGGAUGCUCAAGGCAGAAUAUACUUGCCCUACCUCCAAAACUGGAGCCAUCCUAAAUCUGUCAUUGUAGGAUUAAUUAAAGAAAUGAUUGACAAGUUUCAAGAGGAACUUCCCCUAUAUUCUCUAUCAUCAUCUGAUGAGGCAAGGCAGGCGGACUUGCUAGCCUAUAUCGCAAAAAUCACUGAAGGUGUCUCAGACAUAAAUUCAAAGAACUGGGCAAAUCAUGAGAAUAAAACAAUAAAGAAAAUUACUGUGGUUGGAGGUGGUGAACUGGGAGUUGCCUGCACAUUAGCAAUUUCAGCAAAGGGCAUUGCAGACAGACUUGUCCUCUUAGACCUCUCAGAGGGGACUAAAGGAGGGAUGAUGGACCUUGAUAUCUUCAACCUGCCUAAUGUGGAGAUCAGCAAAGAUUUGUCUACCUCUGCUCAUUCCAAGGUGAUCAUCUUCACCAUUAACUCUGUGGGUAGUUCUCAGUCCUACCUUGAUGUGGUACAGAGAAAUGUGGAUAUGUUCAGAGCCCUUGUCCCAGCCCUGGGGCAAUAUAGUCAACACAGUGUCCUGCUUGUUGCAUCUCAACCAGUGGAAAUUAUGACCUACGUGACAUGGAAACUGAGUGCCUUUCCUGCAAAUCGAGUGAUUGGAAUUGGAUGCAAUCUGGAUUCACAGAGGUUACAGUAUAUUAUUACAAAUGUUUUGAAGGCACAGACUUCAGGAAAACAAGUAUGGGUUAUUGGUGAGCAGGGAGAAGACAAAGUUACCAAAUGGGGUGGCCAAGAAGAAGUAAUGAGUCAUAAUUCUCAGGUGCAGCUGUCCAACAGAGCCAUGGAACUAUUAAGGAUAAAAGGUCAAAGGUCCUGGUCUGUUGGACUAUCAGUAGCUGACCUGGUUGACAGUCUUGUAAAUAAUAAAAAGAAAGUGCAUUCUGUAUCAAUUUUAGCAAAGGGAUAUUACGAUAUAAACAGUGAAGUAUUUUUAAGUUUGCCUUGCAUCCUUGGAACCAAUGGGGUAUCUGAAGUCAUCAAAAGCACAGUGAAAGAAGACCCAGUGACCGAGAAACUCCAGAGCAGCGCAUCAUCACUCCAUGGUCUUCAACAACAGUUAAAACUUUGAGUCUCAAAUUCAGAGCUACCUGAAAGGAAAGGUCAUUUAAUUUUGCCAACAUAUCUAAGGUUGAGAACUUUUGUAUCUUAUUACUUACCCUCACAAACUGCUUGGUUAGGGUAGUUUCUUGAUUAGUUUUGUAAUUUGAAUUCUUAGGGAAUUAGAUAAGGAGGGAAAAAAGUCUAGAUAUCGGUGUCGUUCUUUAAACCUAUCACAGAGAUAAACUUUAUCUGUAAUAUGCCUCAUGUAAAAGUAUGUAUCCUCAACUAAAAGCACAUUCGGUGUUUUAGAAAUAUUGUAAAGUAAUAUGUUUUUAGAAGAAAAUUACUCGUUGACUGUUAUAGUAAACAUGUAAGCUAAAGGCCCAGUAUGGAUUUAUAAAAUCUGUGCUAGGUAUACAAAGGAUCCACAGUUUAAGGUAUUAAUGUUUCUUUAAAAUCCAGUUGGUAGUAAUGGUAAUAAAGCAUUUUGUUUUCCCUCUUCAAUUAAUUAGGCUACCAAAAAAUGGAAAAUAAUUUUACAUGUACUUUAAAAUAGUAAAAGGGAAAGUGAAAUUUUUUAAUAUAUGAAGAAAAGUUAUAGUUUAACUUCCAGUGGAACUGUCAUUUUUGAAAUUUUCUAUAACCUCUUUCUGGGCUAUAUCAGGUCUCUAACAUCUCAUAAACUCACUGUAAUAUUAGUAGAAUCAUAGAGAAAUGUGUAUUUUCAGUGAAAAUAGAUUGUGAAGGGAAGCCAAGCAGUCUACUUUUAAAGCUAAAAUAUGGCUCUGGCCGGUUUGGCCAAGCAGUUAAAGCGUUGGCCUGAGGACCAAAGAGUCGAGGGUUCGGUUCCAGUCCAGGGC